AUGGAUUCAUUGUUAUAUCAAAAUUUACUCUUAUCACUUCUAAUAGGAUCAUUUUUAAUAUUUAUCCUAUCUGUUAUUUGUAUUGGAGCAUGUACUGAUAGAGGAUUUUGUUGUCAUGAACAGGUAGAUCGCCAUCUCCUACAAAGACGACAUCAUCAUACCUCUAUUUGUGAUGAUGCUAUUAAUAUGAAAUAUACUAAAAGGUUACUAGAAAAUAGUUUAAUAGAAAAUCGUGAUCUUCUUGAGAUGAUUGUUGAGAAGACAUCUACCAACAAUUAUAAUAAAAAAGAUCAUGAAAUUGAAGUUGAUAGUAAUAUUGAAAUUGAAUGUACAACAGAUAUCAUCAAACUUAGGCCUGUCAAUAUUGAGGAAGAUAUUAGGAAAAAUAGAUUGGAGUGUGAAAGUACAUUAACUCAUCUUGAAGAUAGAAUUAGUAGGCAAGAUAUUGAAGAUGAUAAUGCUAGUAUUAUUUUACCUCCAAUUAAAAGUAUAGUAUCAAGACAAGAUUUACAUCCACAAACAUCAUUACCAGAAGCAACAAGUUUGUUUAAUGUAUUAAAAACAUCACUAGACAAUCUUACUAACCCAUCUCCAGAAGCAAUAGAAUUAAAAGCUAUCUUUUCAAAUGUUCAUUUAAAAGCUCUUCUAAAUGCACAAGAUAUAAUAUUACAGGAAGUUUUUAAUAAUCCAAAUGUUGAAUGUGGUGAUGUUUUAACAAGACAUGAUGAUAAAAUUGGAGUUAAUUUUGGAAAAGGAUCAAGUAGUAGUAGUAGUAAAAUUAUCUCACCAAGUAAUGUAAGUGAUAAAAUAUUUACACAAUCAUUACCAAGAAUGUGUAAUCAUGAUAUUCAAAGUUCUAUUCAACCAUCAACUUCUAAAAUGCAAGAAAAUGAGGAACAAGAUAUUUUUACAGAUAUUGUUUCUAGAGUUAGAUUAAUUCAAUUUCAAAAAGAUACUGAAGAACCAAUGGGAAUAACAUUAAAAAUAACUGAAGAUGGUAGAUGUAUUGUAGCUAGAAUAAUGUAUGGUGGUUUAAUUCAUAGACAGGGAACACUUCAUGUAUCAGAUGAAAUACGUGAAAUUAAUGGUAUUUCUGUACAAAAUCAAAGUGUUGAAAGUUUACAAAAAAUGUUACGUGAUAUUAGAGGAAAUGUAACAUUUAAAAUAGUUCCUAGUUAUAGAAGUGCUCCACCAGCAUGUGAAAUAUUUGUUAGGGCACAAUUUGAUUAUGAUCCAUCACAAGAUGAUUUAAUACCAUGUUCACAGGCUGGUGUACCAUUUAAAACUGGUGAUAUAUUACAAGUUAUAUCAAAAGAUGAUCAUAAUUGGUGGCAAGCUAAAUUUAUUUGCCCUUUUCCUGCUAUAGGAAAUUUUUCAACAAUUAAACAUCUUAAUAUUAAUCCAAAUACAUUAAGUGGUAUAUAUACAUCAACUCUUAAUACUCAUGAUCCACAUAAUUUUGGUAAAAGUGGUCCAACUACAAUGACAGUAGCUGGUUUAAUACCAUCACCAGAAUUACAAGAAUGGAGAACAGCAUGUAUGGCAAUGGAAAGAGCCAAAGAAGGUUCUAAUUGUAUGUGGUUUAAUAAAAAAAAGAAAUAUUAUACAACAAAAUAUUUACGUAAACAUUCUAAUAUCUUUGAACAAUUAGAUCUUGUAACAUAUGAAGAAGUUGUUGGUUUAACACAAUUUCGCCGUAAAACACUUGUCCUUCUUGGUGCACAUGGUGUUGGUAGAAGACAUAUAAAAAAUACCUUAAUUCAUAAAUAUCCAGGUAAAUAUGCUUAUCCAAUACCACAUACAACAAGACAACCACGUAAAGAUGAAAUUGAUGGUAAACAUUAUUUUUUUGUAUCAAAUGAUGCUAUGUUAACAGAUAUACAAAAUAAUGAAUAUCUUGAAUAUGGAACACAUGAAGAAUGUAUGUAUGGAACAAAACUUGAAACAAUUAGACAUAUUCAUCGUUCUGGUAAAACAGCUAUUCUUGAUGUUGAACCACAGGCAUUAAAAGUUCUCCGUACUGCUGAGUACUCACCAUUUGUUGUAUUUAUAGCAGCACCAGACUUACAAGGUCUCCAAGAUCCAGAUGGUUCUUUAGAAAGAUUAUUAAAAGAAAGUGAAAUAUUACGCCAAGCAUUUGGUCAUCUUUUUGAUUAUAUUAUAUAUAAUAAUGAUAUUGAUGAAACUAUUAAACAAUUAGAAGUAAUAAUGGAAAAACUAAAUGUUACACCACAAUGGGUUCCAGUAUCUUGGGUUUAUUAA